CAUCCUACCGUUCCUACCUACCACCUUGCCUGUUCCAUCAGUUAGUCAAUUAUUUUCAUCAAUUCUACUAGGUUUCUCGAUCGUUCCGAAGUCAUUCAGCAGAUUGCCUCCCAGAGCCACUGAGAGCUGAAUAGAGUCAGCGUGUAGGUGGGCUGCGUGGGAGUGGCACUACCAGUCAAUUGGCUGGCCCGUGCUUCCAUCUUCAGUUCAACUCGGAAAUCAUACAAAGAGAAAUGAAGCUAUCGACAUUCCGAAUGUUUUCAAUCCCUCGCUAUCUCACGUCCGCUAUCAUUGUUUCUAUCGGCGGGCUUCUCAAUGGCCUAGACACAGGUGUUAUAGGGCCAUUAACGGUAAUGCCUAGCUUUCUCGAGACAAUUGGGCACAUAUCGGCGUCAAUCCACGGGCUCAUCAUAUCCUCGGUGCUUCUCUCUGCAACAUUCGCAUCUUUGUUCUCAGGUAUACUGUCUGAUAGACUCGGCCGAACCCGACUCCUCGCCAUCGGUUCGUUUGUCUUUACAAUCGGUGUGACCAUGGAAGCGAGUGCUAGCCACCUUGCGGUUUUUCUCCUCGGACGCCUCGUCGCAGGAAUUGGGGAGGGGCUCUUUCUCAGCACAUUGGUAGUGUACAUCUGCGAGAUCUCACCCGCCAAAUACCGAGGGCCUCUAGCAUCCAUGGUACAGCUAUUCAUCACCAUUGGGCUCAUGGUGGGCUAUUUCAUGUGCUAUGGCACAGUUCUAGUGUUGUCGGCAUUCUCGUGGCGCUUUCCAUUAGCGAUUCAGGUCGGUCUUGCUGCCCUCUUAACAGUCCUAGCUACGUUUUAUCUCCCGGAGUCACCGAGAUGGCUGACCCACCGCGGUCGCCAUGUCGAGGCGGAAGCUGCCUGGGUGGCAUUGCAAGUUGGGGAUGUCGAUCGGGGAGGUGAUUUCUCUGAUGGACUGCAUUCUCAUCCUGAUGAGGGUACUAGUUCAGACGAGAAUCUGAGUAGAUGGGAACGCGCCAGGGGUCAAUAUCAUCUGGCUGUUCGAAAGCUGAAGCAGAUUAUGGGCCCCGGGUCACGGAGACAAGCGCUUCUUGGGAUAUUCGUCAUGUCGAUGCAGCAGCUUAGUGGCAUUGAUGGGAUUCUCUAUUACGCCCCCCUUCUAUUCCAACAAGCCGGACUAUCGUCCUCCAAGGCGUCGUUCUUCGCGUCCGGCGUCUCUGCCAUCCUCAUCUGCGUCAGCUCAAUCCCGGCGUUUCUAUUGACAGACAGGAUUGGACGUCGCGCCUCAACUUUAUACGGCGGGAUGGUGUUGGCCACGGUCAUGGCUACGAUUGGCUCUCUCUACGCCUCGGGAAGUGUGCACACGUCGUCAGGCGUGGGUAGAUGGGUGGUUAUCGUUGCGAUUUACGUCUUCUCGAUUACGUACUGUAUGACAUGGGCCCUCGGCAUCAAAGUCUUCGCUAGCGAAAUCCAACCCGUCCCAACAAGAGCCACGGUGACGAGUAUCGCGCAGAGUGCGAACUGCAUCACAAACUUCGCCGUCGCGUACAUCACCCCAGUCCUGUUGGACAAGUCGCCAUUCGGCAUAUACUUUCUUUUCUGUGGGUGUAUUCUCUCCACGGUGGGGGUUUGUGCGGUCUAUAUGCCCGAGACGAAGGGGAAGGCGAUGGAGAGUAUUUCAGGCGAGUUCCAGCACCACCAGAGACACUUGGUUGGGCUUGGGUCUGGGAUUCGAUUGAGGAAUUGGCGCGGUGCUCGCUGAAUUAGGGAACUGAAAACUUGAUGUGCCGAGAAUUUCCAAGAAGACCCCUUUCAAUCUAAGUAUAAC